AGUGACUGCUGGCAUAUUUUGAAAUACAUUUUGCUCAGCAACAAAAUGGAUUUCAGGAAUUUGGGAGUAGGAAUAAUAUUCUUGAUAGAAAAUACAGUUGGAAUUCUGGGAAAUUCUUCUCUUCUUUCUUACUACCUAGUUAUUUAUUACCAGAAACAUAAAGUAAAGCCCUUGGAUUUAAUCCUUAUGCAUUUGAUUAUGGUUAAUGUCUUAAUUAUUCUCUCUAAAGGAAUGGGUCACACAAUGACAACUUUUGGGUUGAAACAUUUAUUCAAUGAUUGGAGCUAUCAACUUUUUAUGUAUUUUCAAAGAGUUUUUAGGAGCAUGUCCAUUGCCACCAUCUGUCUCUUGAGUGUCUUCCAGGCCAUCAUCAUCAGCCCUAGAAACUCCUGCUGGAGCAAUCUUAGAGUCAAAUCUCCCAAGGACAUUGGUCUGUACAUUUCUCUCUGCUGGGUCUUGUACAUCAUGGUAAAUGUUCUUUUCCCUUUGUACAUGACCAUAAAAUUAAGAAGGAAAAAUAUAACAGAAGAGACAGAUUUUGAACCCUAUACUGUUGCAGGUCAUGACAACAUCACAGUCUCCUUAUAUAUUGCUUUAUCUGUCUUUCCUGAACUUCUAUUUUCUGUCCUCAUCACCUGGUCCAGCAGCUCAAUGAUUGUCAUUUUGUAUAGGCACAAACAGCGAGUUCAACAUAUUCGCAGCACUUGUGCUUUCUACAGUAACUCCCCAGAGUCCAGAGCUACCCAGAACAUCCUUGUCCGAGUGUUCAUCUUUCUGGCUAUUUAUACCUUAUCUACCAUCUCACAUGUUUGCAAUGCUCUUAUGGCUGGUCAAAAUUGGUGGCUGAAGAAUAUCACAAUCAUUAUAACUUUGUGUUUUCCCACUUUGAGCCCCUUUGUACUUAUGAAUCAAUCCUCCUCUCUUUCCAGAUUUGCUUUCUCUGGAUAA